AUGAAGAUCGCUGGCUUCCUGUGUCGGUCGCUCUGGCCGGAAUUUCUACGGUUUUUGAAGAAGGUCGAUCCCGACGACAUACGACCGUUUCCAGCCUCCCGCCAAUACAACAGUGAAAAGGCUGCCAUUAAAUUCAAACCGAUGCUCAACAUUAGUAACGGUCGAUGCGUCCCGUACCCUGCAGUGAGCAAAGAUGGUAGUUAUGUCGAAGGUUUUUUUGAGCAUAGUAAAUCCGCCAAUUACUGCAAGGGAAAUCAACAUGGAUCUCAAAUUUACGGGCGUGCAACCUGGUACAACGAGAUAUAUGUCAUCGUGUACACAUGGUACUUCUUAAACGAAUGGGCCACUUCACGCCAAGGCUGGCAGACUUGUGCCUUGUGGGUCGACAAUCCUGACAACGUAUCCCCGAACAUCUUGGCUGUGUCGGUGUCGUCUCCUAAUCGCAGAUUCACGAAACACCUUUAUCCAAAACCCCCCACAGUGGAUGGCACGAAUGUAAAACUCAGGUAUUUUCUGAAUGACUGGGCCAUGCCUCUCUUUGAAGUCGAAAUCACUGAUCUUAAAGGUGGCUUUCAGGAUCUGAUCAUGUGGCAGCAACUUACGGAGGAGGCUCGUUGUGCUCUUAAUCAAACGAGCUAUGGCAACAGGCAAAUGCCCAUCAAUGAAAACAACUUUUGGACCACCCUGGAAGAAGCGUACCCUUCUGAGUGA